GGGGAAUCAAAUAAGAGGGCCUUGGUGAUGGUGCCAUCAAUAUAAUUCAAAGACCUAGCUAGAUACUACCUAAGCUAACUACUAAUUACAUGAAAUUGGACGCUAUAUAUUUUCUACUGAUUCAAGAAGAAGAUCGAAGACUUAAAAGAUUAGACUUGAAAGUAAUGGAUGCAGAGAAAGAGAAUAUGGAACCAACCAAUUCUGAGGAAGAAGGUGUUAACGAAGUUACAUAUGCCGCGGCAAUACCUUCGACAAUCGGGAAAAAGAAGAAACUGAUUAUAAUGGACAUUAAUGGCAUUCUUGCCAUUGCUGUUAGGUACCCAGUCCCAGGUGGUGCCAGCUUUCCGGGCCGAUGGACAAUUGCAAAACGACCCUUUUGUGAAGAUUUUCUGCACUUCUGCUUCGAGAGGUUUGACGUGGGCAUCUGGACAUCUAGAGCCAAGGCAGAUUAUCUUGACCAAAUUGUUGAUUAUUUAUUGGGAGAUAUGAAGAAAAAGUUGUUGUUUGUUUGGGAUAGGUCCCAUUGUUUCAGAACAGGAUUUAUGACUCCUGAGAACAGGUACAAACCCUUACUCUGCAAGGAUUUGAAGAAGGUAUGGGAGAAUGAUUGGCCCAACCAACCUUCGGUGGUGAAAGGUUACUACAAUGAAUCAAACACAUUGUUAGUGGAUGAUUCUCCAAACAAGGCUUUGCUUAAUCCUAGUCACACUGCGAUCUUUCCUCAUUCCUACACUGAAUCAACAAUGAUGAAUGAUCAAUCAUUAGGCCCGGGAGGUGACCUUCGAGAAUAUUUAGAAGGGUUAGCUAGAGCCGAUGAAGAUGUAAGAACAUAUGUGGAGGAUCACCCCUACGGUCAAAAGGCCAUUGACCAUACAAACUCCAAUUGGCAGGUUUACUCGGGAAUUAUUAGAGCUCUCUCGAGACACUCCUGAUCAUUUACUGACCAUUUUGCCCUCUAUAGAUCCUUAAGUGUUGGUUAAGCCCCAAUAAAGCGUUGUUCAAGGGGAACUAGCAAUAAAAUACAAUCAGCCAUAUGUUCUCACGAAUAGAGCUAUCUUUAACAGCCUAUCCUAGACUUGGCACUUUUUUUCUAUGGUAUAUAUGUUUUUCGUGCAAGUAAUCGCCAUCACUCACUAUGAUCUACAUGACUACAUAGUAGAUGCUAUGCGUUCAAGUUUUUAUAUAUUACCUCCUUCCCAUUUUAUGUGUCUUAUUUGCAGUGGCGGACCUAGAACUUUUCUCAAGCGGGACACUAUUGUAUGUGAGGAGACGGGCCGGGUCGGGUGUGAGACUAAUUUAUUCAAUGUGUAGACAAUUUUUUAAAACAACAACAAAUUAUUCAUUGUCAGUUUCAAAUGAUUUAUAUCUAUGUACAUCAAGUCUAGUUUUCAGCCCAUUAAAAAAUUCUAAACAAUAAUAUUUGGUUUCUUGAAAGAAAAACAUAAUACUUCAUAUGAAUUAGAGCUGAAUCAUCCUAGUGCAAUUUCUGGUUUUGGAUUAGAAUUCAAGUUGUUUUUACUACAAAUGGUAAGAAUUUUGAUUUAGAACUAGGAUAGUGUCCAACGUUAUGCGUCGUGCCACAGAAUUACAGUGUCCAAAAUUCUUUCAUCAACCUGGGAUAAUUAAAAUUGUGAACCCAACAUGUAAUUCCCGACCGAGAUAAACUACUUUAAUUUCUUGAUUCAAUUAUCUCCCGUUUGUUACUACUACACCUUUUUCUAAUAAAUGUCUUAUGAUAUCAUUAAUUUUGUCGGAAUACGCCCUUCAUUUUACAAGAGGAUCCAAACAUUUUAGUAACAUAACCAUGGACAAAUGAUCCAAAGAAAAGUAUCCACAAACGUUUUAUUUGUGCAAUAACCACAACAACUCAACGUAAUUGGUAAAAAAAAACAAUGAAUAUAUCUUGUAUAUGGAAUUUCAUUUAAUGUAAUAUCUUAAGUCCAUUAAGCUCACCACACAUAUAAGAAGUCUCAUCAUAUCAUUGACUUCUAAUUUUGGAAAAGGAUAAUUCAUAUUUAAAAAAACCACUAAUGCCACUGUUGGGAUAUUGGGUCCAGGCCCAAUAUCCCUUAACCCAAAUCCGGAAAGAAGUAGCAGGCCCAAAGCAGCCCAGAAUUCCUGAUCAGCAUUCGGGGCGAAUCUUCUACUUGGAGCAUCUCAGGAAACAAUCACACCAAAGCACCAAAUAGCUGGUUCCCGAACGGGGUUCGGGAUACUCCUCAUAAACAAGAUAACAUCUAUGGCAGGGUCCCACUCACCGAACACCAUACCCGAACGGGCAGUCAGCAAGUGGAAGCCGCAUUUAAUGCUGGAUCAUGGCGGCUGCAAGUGGGGGCAUGGGUGCUUACAUGGCAGAGGUGACAGCCUACCAGAUUCGGCCACGUGUCCACCUUACCCAUCCCCAUUUUAGUAUAAAUAUCCAUGUUUAGAUCAUGGUAAAGGGGUUAGCAUUUCAAUACUCAGAGCUUAGCAAUAGAUUUACAUCCCUUAAUCUUGUAUUCUCAUACUCAUCUACCGUUCGGGUAGUUUCAGUGUAAUUGCAUAAUUACUAAAUACAAGUAAGCUCCUGAGUUGGAUAA